AUGAUCAUAGAAACUCAAUCUCAAGAAGUGCUUGAAACAUUAGAUUUAGGUGACAUUGAAAGUGGACAAGGGUUAAACCAAGAGAUGGGUUUGGGUAGGCCGGGUGAUACUCGUUGGGGAUCACAUUAUAAUAUUGUUGCGAAUGUCACUUCAUUGUAUUCUACCAUUGUUAAAGUUCUUGAAAAGAUUGGAGCAAAUAAUAUUUACAAAGAGGACCGUGUCAAAGCUAUCACUAUAAUGGAUACAUUUGAGUCAUUUGAGUUCAUAUUCAUGAUACACUUGAUGUUUGAAAUUUUUGGGAUAACUGAUAAAUUGUGUCAAGCUUUGCAAAGGAGGGAUCAAGAUAUUGUUAAUGCCAUGUCAUUUGUUACCUUGACCAAAGAGAGGUUACAAAAGAUGAGGGAACAUGGGUGGGAUGACUUUUUAGAUCUUGUCACUUGUUUUUGUGUUCAACAUAACAUUGAUGUUCCUAGUAUGAGUGAUUUGUAUGUUCCCCGUGGGAGAUCAAAGCGCUUCUUUGCUAAAGGUCAAAAUCUUCAUCGCUUUCGAAUUGAGAUGAUUUUUAGUGUUAUUGAUUUACAACUUCAAGAGCUUAAUAAUAGAUUUGAUGAGGCAAAUAUGGAGUUGCUUAUUUGUAUGAAAAGGUUGAUGAGACUUGCCGAGUUUUACCCGAAAGAGUUUCCAAGUAAUGAUAUGACAAUGACAGCACUUCGUCAUGAAUUUGAGUUUUUUAUUGAUGACAUGCGGAAAGAUGAGAGUAUUAAUCCUUCCGGUGGCAACUGCAACUGUGGAAAGAUGUUUUCUUCGAUGACUUAUGUGAAGAACAAGUUGAGAAAUAGUAUGGGUGAUCAACUAAUGAAUGAUUGUUUAGUCAUAUUUCUUGAAAGAGAUCUUUUUGCUAACGUUAGUGACAAUGAUGUAUUGAAACGUUUUCAAAGUAUGAAAACUCGAAGAAUGCUUUUGUAA